UCAUUUUAAAAGAGAAAACAAGUUUAAUAAACAGAAAUAAAGUUUUGCGUUUCGUCUGCAAAUUGCUCAGGAGGUGCUGUUCUUCUUCCUCAAAAGCACCCCCUGAGAUUCAAAUCAAAUUCAAAAACCUAAAUAGAUUCUAACGAAUCAAAUCAAAUCAAAUCAUAUUCAUAUAAAUCAAAAAUCAUUUUCAAUUUCCUUUUCCGUUUCAUUUUUCCCUUAAUCGCAUUUCAAUGGCUUCCGAUAGCUUCACCGACAAGAACGCCGUUUUCAGAAAACUCAAAACCAAAUCCGAAAACAAGAGUUGUUUCGAUUGCAAUGCGAAGAAUCCAACAUGGGCGUCUGUAACGUAUGGGAUCUUCCUCUGCAUUGAUUGCUCUGCUGUUCAUCGAAGUCUCGGUGUUCAUAUCAGUUUCGUGAGAUCUACGAACUUAGACUCGUGGACUCCUGAGCAACUUAAAAUGAUGAGCUUUGGAGGAAACAGUAGGGCACAGGUUUUCUUUAGGCAGCAUGGAUGGAACGGAGAUGGUAAAGUAGAGGCAAAGUAUACAUCCAGAGCUGCAGAGUUGUAUAAGCAACUGCUUUCAAAGGAAGUUGCUAAAAGUAUGUCUGAGGAGGCUGCCUUGUCUGCACCACCUGCUGCUUCUUCUCAGUCUGCCCAAGGGACUAAUGGACUUCCUGAUGUUAAGACAAAUGAAGUCCCAAUUGAAAAGACUGUGGAAAAAACUGUGGAGAAGCCAGAAAAGACCGAGAGCAGUUCUUCACCCAGAGCUUAUACUGCAGUUUCGAAUAAUUUGAAGAAGCCUAUUGGAGCCAAAAAAACUGGUAAGAGUGGGGGACUUGGAGCCCGUAAGCUCACUAGAAAGCCAAGCGAGUCCCUCUAUGAGCAGAAGCCUGAAGAACUACCUGCUCCAGUUUCAUCAUCGACAAUUACAAAAAACAACUUGCCUUCUGGGCCACCUCUAACAUCUCGGUUUGAGUAUACAGAAGAUGUCCAAUCAUCUGAGUUGAAUUCUGGAGGUUCAAAUGUAACCGGUCACGUGUCUGUACCAAAGUCAUCAUCAAGCUUCUUUUCGGACUUCGGAAUGGAUAGUGGCUUUCAAAAGAAAUCUGGGCCUAGCUCCUCCAAAGUGCAAAUUCAGGAAUCUGAUGAAGCAAGAAAGAAGUUCUCAAAUGCAAAGUCUAUUUCUUCAUCCCAAUUUUUUGGAGACCAGAACAAGGCUAAUGCGGAUGCUCAAGCAACUUUAUCAAAGUUUUCAGGUUCAUCUGCCAUCUCCAGUGCUGAUCUUUUUGGUGACUCGAGUGACAACGUUGAUCUUGCUGCUAGUGACCUUAUCAAUAGAAUAUCUUUCCAGGCACAACAGGAUAUCUCUUCCCUUAAGAACAUUGCUGGAGAGACUGGGAAAAAACUCACCUCCUUGGCAUCCUCCUUGAUGACAGAUCUUCAGGACCGAAUCCUCUAAAAUUGUAUGUUCUGUAUUUAAGAGAACCUUCUGUGUUUGCUACAGAUACUAGCCGUUUAUGUUUUGAAUGUAAUAGAAGAGAAGAGCUCAAUACACAAUUUUUUGAUGAACAAAGAAUAAGACACUUUAAUAUUCAAGUUUGUCAUUUAGACUGGUGCUUUUGAUUUUGUAUCAUAGGUACUGUUUUAAGGUUGCUAAUAUGUUUUGGUUCACAUCUUACAUUUUUAAUUGGUCAAUACUGGUUUGUCGCAAGGUCAAUAAUGUUAUCUUUAA